GAAGAUGGCGGCCUCCGGGAAUGGUCUGCUCGGCCGGGGCCUGGACAUAAGCUUAGCUGCUUUACAGCAGCAGGACCCGUACAUUAGGGGUAUCGUCGAUGUGGCAAGUCAGGUGGCUCUCUAUACUUUCAGCCACAAGGCCAACGAGUGGGAAAAGACAGAUGUUGAAGGAACAUUGUUUAUUUAUACCAGGUCUGCAUCACCCAAACAUGGCUUUACAAUUAUGAAUCGACUUAGUAUGGAAAAUCGGACUGAGCCCAUCACUAAAGAUCUUGACUUCCAGCUUCAAGACCCCUUCCUGUUAUACAGGAAUGCUAGAUUUUUCAUAUAUGGAAUCUGGUUUUAUGAUAAAGAAGAAUGCCAAAGGAUUGCCGAGCUCAUGAAGAAUCUAACCCAGCAAGAGCAGCUGAAAGCACAGCAAGGAGACCCCAGCGGAAUAUCCCCAAUGUCCCUCAACUUAGCAGACACAAAGGAGGUGGACAUCCUUCAAAUGCUAACGAAAGCCAAGGAUGAAUAUACAAAAUGUAAACCAUCUUCUGAGCCGAAGCUGAUAAGUAGCUCCUCUGCCAUAUACAGCAACCCCAAUCUUAUCAAACCUAUUGCAGUCAAACCUUCUGAGACACAGCUACAACCAGCAGGCAUAACUUCAAGCACGCUUAGUAACCUGGAACCUCAGCAUCUAUCUCUCACCACUCUGUUUGGGAAGCCAGACAAAGCCCAAGAAGGAAGAGCACAAAAUAAAGAGCAUUCUACUGUGCGUCACACAGUAGUACGUUCACUGUCCUAUGAGGAGCCAUCUCGUGUAGCUGAGAGAUGUGAGAAUCAGCUAUGCCCUGCAAUCCAAAAACUUAUGGUGAGAGGUCCUGGUCUGCACCCUGUCUCUGAGAUUCCCGAAAACAGACAAUCCCACAAUGGCAACUUCCAACCUGGGGGCAGCAUACUGACUGAUCUUUUCCAACCAGUAGCACCCAAUACCUCUUUUUCUAUUCUGGACCAUGAGAGUGGGGAAAGUAUUUUACAUACGCUUCAUAGUGCACAAUCAUCUUUGCCCAAAUCAGACUUGGGGCCUCAUCCUCCUACACAUUGUUUUAGUGGAGUGAUGCCAUCCCCCUCUGGCAAGGAUGCAAUACCUUCAUUGAUCAACUAUUAUGACUGCUCUCUGCAAAGCCAAAGGACUUCAACUUCAGUGCCUCAAUUACCUCUCGCCUCCCAGCAUCCCCCAGCUGGAACCAUCUCGCCUCAAGAACUUCUGAGAAAACUGCAUCUUGUGCGUCAGGAACAGCAGCUACCCUCCAGCUCCAGACCUGCCCUUGCAGCAAAAUUUCCUGUGAUUCCCCAGAGUGGCCCAAAGCCUACCUGGGAUGAUAAAAUACCUGGAACAAUGGCAGCUAAACCAAACUCAUUGCUUCAGCAGGUCAUUUCUCCUCAGCGUAUCCCUGCCACGGUCUCACCAGCACUACUUAUGUCUCCGACGGUAUUUUCACAACCAAAUCUUCACAAAGCAACCAACACCACAAAAGCAACAAUUCCUGUCAAGGAGCCGUUGUAUGAAUCAUCCAGACUCCUCCUCCCAUUGUUACUGCCAGAUGCUCCAACCUGUAGCAGUGGUACUGGAACUCAGAGCACCAUUCUGACUAAGCACCAGCUCCAGGGGACCCUGCUACAUUUAAUCCAGAAUGAUGAGAGUUUCUUGAAUACAAUCUACGAGACCUACCUUUCUGUUGUUGCAAGGUGUGCUAAUUCUGGCAGAAAGAUAUGAUGUAACAUCUCUUCCUGAGUCAACUACAUUCCUCCACAUUAUUAGAUUUGCAGGUGGCUAAAGUCGGUGUGCUGUGACUGGACUGGUUACAUUUACUACACUGCAUGAUGGAUUACAUAACUGAUUAAUAAUAUUUCUUUUUUUUCAAACUUCUAGUCCUAAAUGACAUCAAAUUAUAAAUUACAUUUAUUAAAAGAAGGAAGUGGAUAAAAUAUUGGUUGGCUUAAAAAAGGCCACUCCACACUGGAUCCCUUGUUAUAAAAAAAAAAAAAAAAAAAUUAUUUUUUUAAAAUCCCCCUCCCCUUAAUGUGCUCUAUAUGAGCACUGUACAAUAAACUAUGUACAGCAUUAUGGGAUAUAUUGUUCAGAAAGUGUACCGAACUUUGCACACCUUGUGAGCAGUUGCAUAGCGGGGGGAAAAAACAACUAUGCACAGCGAUUUUAUUACUUGCACAAAUAGUUUCCUUUUUUUGGGUGUGUUUGUGCACAUGAAACUACUCCCCAGACUCACAGACAGACUUUUUUUUUUGGGUGGGGGGAGAGGGAUAAAAUGCAUUUGCCCUCCAACUUCAGGAUGUUGCAUUUUUGUACCAUGGGUACCAAUAGUUGUACCCCUUUAUGGAUAAGAAAUAUAUGUAAAGACGGGUCGCUUUAGUGAAUAGGCCUAUUAUGGUCUAUUAAUACUUGUAUAUAAAUAAUUUAGCCUAUAGCUUUCUUUUUGAGAGAGUUCUUGUAUGAGUUUUAAUGUAUUUUGGAGAAAAGCAGAGCAUUCUAUAUUUUUUGGAGAAUUUCUAUUUUUCUUUCUUUCAGAUUUCAACUUUUUGAAUGAAAAUCCUCUUUUUAAACCCUGUUUUGGUGGAAGGAUUUGAGCAGCCAGAUAUUUUUAGAUGUUAUUCAAGGAAUGCCCUCAAGGUGGCUCUUUGGCCUUUUGUUAAUACAGAGUUCUGUUUGUCUUAUCAAACAACCUAUUUUGAGAUUAUGCACGUUUACUGAAAUCAUUUUACUAUAAAUUAUUCCUAAUUCUUAAUGAGAUUUUUGAAGGGAGCGGACUGUUCUUUGUAAUAAAACAUAUUAUACAGAUUGUAUAAUAGGCUAAAAUGAAACAUUUUUAAAUGUUAACAGUACACACUGUACUGUGUAUAUUGGUACAGAUUGCUUUGUGAAACUGUUAAGCUGUUUUUUUUUUUGUUUUGUUUUUUAAUAUUUGUUUCUGGUAUGAGUUGGAGGAAUGGCCUGCAGAUUUGAUAUUUAAAUAUGAAACUUUUAAGGGGGAUAGUUCAGUACUUAAUUUCUUAUCACCAGUAAACGCAAUUAAAGUGCUUGAUGUGGUGAGUAGUGCAGGAGUGGUAAGUUAAAGACACAUCCUCAGCACUUCCAUGUCGAAAGUGGCAUCACCUCAUGAUACUCCAGAUGUGUCUCUGCAUCUUGCACGCCCAGGCAAUUCUUCUGUCUGCGUUAAUUUAAUUUGCAGGGUAAGCUAUGGAUGCGCCAGGACAACCAGGCAUUAAAUGUAAAUUUUAAACCUUACAGAAUUUAGAAAUACAAAAUAGCAGAACCCAUUGCUAACUUUUACUCACCAGGUUGUGCAAAACUCCGUGACAUCUCCUUUUAGAAUUUUGGCUAACUAAAGUGCCUACUUUUUUUGAACCACUCGCAAUUAAGCUUCAAUGUUUCUACCUUAUUCCUGGUAUGAUUAGCAUAUUCCCACAUAAAAAAUAAACACACCUUUUUCUCACAUUGGUGAGUUAAAGGACCACUAUAGUGCCAGGAAAACAAACUUGUUUUUCUGGCACUAUAGGGUCUUUGGGUCCCUCCCACCCUCGGUGUCCUACUCCCGCCGGGUUGAAGGGGGUUAAAGGCUUACCUUUCUCCAGCGCCGGGCUCCCUCGGCGCAGGGGACUCUCCGACAUCAUCUGCCGAAUCUGCAUGCGUGGCAAGAGCUGUGCGCGCAUUCAAUCAGUCCAUAGGAAAACAUUUCUCAAUGCUUUCCUAUGGGCGUCAGCGUCUUCUCACUGUGAUUUUCACCGUGAGAAGCGUGGAAGCGCCUCUAGCGGCUGUUAAUGAGACAGCUACUAGAGGCUAGAUUAACCCUAGUGUAAACAUAGCAGUUUCUCUGAAACUAUGUUUACAGCUGCAGGGUUAACACUAGAGGGACCUGACACCCAGACCACUUCAUUGAGCUGAAGUGGUCUGGGUGCCUAUAGUGGUCCUUUAACGUCGUACUAGGCAGGUGUGUGUGUGUGUGUGUUUCAUAUCCAUACACAGCAAUUGAAGGGCUCUCUUUCAGAGUUUAGUUUUCUUAUUUGUGGUUUUGGUAGGAGCUAGAGAGAAAUAUAAAUAAUUUAUUCCCCCUCUCCCAAACUUCAAUGUGUUAGCACACUACAAUUCUAAUGAAUUCAGUCAGUUGAUUUUGGCUCUAAACAGUUUCUGCCAUCAUGCGUUUGAUGUCAGUAGCCAAUAAUAAUCUGUGAUGUGCUAACUCAGAGCAUUCCAUUGCAAUUGAUAAGAUAAUACUGCCAUUUGAAUUUCUCAAAUACUUUUUUUUAUUAAAAAAAAUUAUAACAAAACCAAAGCAAUUUUAAAAAUUAUCUACGUGAGUUAUAGUCACUUUUAAAUUAUGUGUAUGUGAUGAUGCAUAUAGCAAAUCUGAUGACUCCCACAUUGUACUAGAAAAUGAAGAGAUGGUAAUUAAUGUGCUUUUUUUCUGGUAUUUCUGUGUUGGUGCGUGGCAAUUAUCUUGCAAUGCUUUAUAUUCUAUUUUAAUUUUUUUGUCUCAAUAAAAUAGAAAAUUGUUCCAGGGUGUGGUUAUAG